AUGGCGGAAAGGCUUCCCCAGAGGGCAGAAGCUCCAGCACAAACAGUCGACGACGACAACACUUAUUUCGGCGCUGGCGAUGCGUACCAUGCCAACAACACCUCCCCACCGAGACCAGCCCUGGCGGCGGACGAGAUUCCGGCGACACCAACGACUGAACAACCACCACCGCACACCGUCUCUCAAAACGCGCGCGCCCUUCCGCCAGAUCGUCACCAAUCCGCCAUCCGUCUUCGCAGAUUAAGGGGCCCAACUCUGUCCUCGGGACUGUUGCCUCUCAAUAAUGUCGAGCAAGAGCCUCUCGGCGGUCGCCGACGUUCCAGUUCGGAACCACAGCGGCCCGCGAUCCCUACAGCAACUGCGUGGACUGCUUUGCCACCCGUUGUUGAAGCUCAGUCGCACCAAAAUCGAGAUCAUGUCCCAACGCCGGUGCCGUCGCGGGAGGCAGCAGCUAUUGUUGACGGAGCCCCAACCCACAGGCGCCGCCAUUUUCCUGGUCGACGCCGCCUAACCGUUCAGGAACCACCCCACAGCCACGCCCCAGAUAAGGACUGCUAUGAUUCAAGGAUUGUCGAUAUUUUAGAUGUCGUUGACCCCGAAGUAGCGACAUUGUCAUCCAUUACCAACAUCCAGAAUUCGCUGUUCAUACCCUCUCUUGGAAAGUGGGUGAACCGCAGGCCGACUUACGAUCUGUCCCAGGUCCCCCGAAUCCCCGGUGCUUCCCCCCCUUCAAAAGAGGACGUGGCCGCCGCGGAAAGUGCCGGCGAGAGACGUCCGCCCGAAGGCGCUCGGUCGCCUAGCUUAUCCUCGGUCCUCAGUGACACCCAGUACGCCAUCCUCCCCAACGAUGCCUCGCUCGAGGGUUGGCCAGAAGAGGACAUCAAAGCCUUGAAUGAUUAUGUCCGGCACAUGCUGCACUCCCGGCGAUCCAAGAUCAAACAGCGACUCAAGGGAUUUGGCAAAUACGCUAGGAGACCGCUGGGCUUUCUCGUCACCCUUUAUGCCACACUCAUCACCCUCUUCGGCCUUGCCUGGGUUUUGUUCUUGAUUGGGUGGAUUUAUGUUGGUGAUCGGCAACUUUAUGCGAUCGACGUCAUCGACUAUACCCUGGUCGCCCUGUUCGGCAUUGUGGGCGACGGUCUCGCCCCGUUCCGUGCCGUUGAUACGUACCAUAUGAUGUUUGUGGCUCAUUAUCACCGCAAGACUUGGAAGCUGCGCAGCAAGCUUCUUCUUCCUGAUCUACAAGAUCACAACGACUUGCCGACGGGUAACAAGCAAGACCAGUCCAACCAAGACCCCGAGGCUCAGUCUCGGUCGAAAGAAGAGAAACAGGACCACUGCUUGCAAAUCUCACUUGGCAUAUGUACAUGGGCAGUCUCGGCACAUCUGCUACCGGCCGCCGUCACUACCACUAUUUUGUGCUGCUCCAUCACGACGAAUAUUCUCGCCGGUGUACUCAUUUCUAUCGGCGAUCGGCGGACCCGCAAGCAAGACGUCCUUGAACGAUUGCUCAAACAAGACCUGACCGGCGAGGUGAUGAAAAAGAUGGAAAAGAAGAAGGAGAAGGAGGCGGAAAGGGAAGAUGCAAAGAGAGGAAGCGAGGAUAGCAAAACUUCGCUAGCAGCUGGUCCAAGUAUCCCGGCCCAGGCCAAGAAGGAGUGUAACGGGGAUGAAAUACGCCCAGGUAACAAGGGUCCAACAUCAAUUCAUGACUUCAAUAGCGUUAGGGAGGGCGAGGAGCCGAAUAAUGCCCACUUCGAAAUCCCGGGGGCCUUUCCACCGUUUGAACGAGGAACCCGGGUGGAAUGA